UGUAAGUGCGGACAGAGGUGCUUAUGUUCUUCGUCCGCUAUGAGCGGUACGGACUGUGUUGAAGGGGCUGUUGAGGACUGGAACUACUUUUCCCGACUCUCUCUGCGAUUUAGGCGGAAGCGAGGUGUGCUUCUAGGUAGCAUUGAGAUGCCUACAAUUCCAUUUCUACCAUAUUCAAUCCUUAUGGGAAAUCUGGGCAUCCUGUGUUUGGGGCUUACAAUAUAUUGGAGUCAGCACUGGCUUGGCGGCUUGGCCUGGGAUGGUUCUCGUAAGAUGUUUAAUUGGCACCCAGUUCUCAUGGUGACAGGCAUGAUGGUCUUAUAUGGUACAGCAGCACUGGUGUACCGUUUGCCCUUUUCCCAAAUGGGUUCCAAGCUUCCUUGGAAGAUGCUGCAUGCAAUCCUUGCUUUGAUAGCAUUUAUCUCUGCCAUUCUGGGAUUGGAAGCUGUCUUCAAGUUUCACAAUGUGCAGAAGAUCCCCAACAUGUACUCACUACACAGCUGGCUUGGGCUCUCUGCUGUGCUACUUUUCUCAUGCCAGUGGUUAGUGGGGUUUGCUUCUUUUUUGUGGCCUUGGACGCCCAUCUGGUUCCGAGCAAUCUACAAACCUGUCCAUGUUUUCUUUGGUUCUGUCAUCCUUGGCUUGGCUACUGCAUCCUGCAUCUCAGGCAUUAAUGAAAAGUUAUUCAUGAGAGGAAAAAAUUCAACAUCGUAUUCCAAGCUUCCUGCAGAGGCUUGGUUUGCCAACGUUCUGGGAAUGCUGAUUUUGGUGUUUGGAGUGUUAGUGUUGCUGGGUCUUGCCAUACCAGAAUGGAAACGUCCAGAUGUGAAUUCACAAGACUUUAGACAGAAAUACAAAACAGAAUUGGGAGGAGGUUUGCAAACCCUUCUGGAGAGAAUUCCUUAGACAAGAUAUAAACCUGCCUCUAUUACAAGAUGCCAGAUGAAGAAUUAAAGAGCAGCUGCAUGGUGCUACCAGUAAAGGGUUUGUUCAUUGAAACUUGAAGCCUUGCUUGCUGCUUCUCGUCAUGAGUACAGCAGCUCACACCAUGAACUGAUUCAGUUAAGAGAAGGUUUUUCGGGUAACAGACAUCCAAAUUUGCUCUUCUGGGGUCUGAUUUUUAAACUUGAAAUGUUUGUACUAUCAAGGAUUGCUGGACAUUCAAUCACAUUUGAACAAAUCUGUUUGCUAGCGUGCCAUAAAGUUCAGAGAUUUUUGUGCUUUUCAUUAGCCAAUUAAAAUCCUAAAUAAUUAAUUAAAGAAAAACUAUCUUUUUCUGAUACUUGGGUGAAAGGAUGUACUACAAUACUUUGGGUGUAAUCUCAGUGCUGCGUUAUUUUUUAAUUGAAUAUGAUAUAAUUUUCUGUGUUUUUUUAAUAUGAAUCUGUUCAGAUUCCACAUAUUAUAGAGCAUAGUUUGUUAGUUUUCGGUUUAACAUGUCAGUAGAAGCCAGCUAGUAGAGAGGGCCUUCUCUUGAUUGAAAGGGAAACAUUUUUUAUUUUGUGCAGUAGUACCCACAGGUAGACACCAAAUCUUUUGCAAGUUCACCUACAAAAGUUGUGUUUAUAUAACACAUUAAGCCAUAAUUUAAUGUUGGUUUACCAGAUAAACAAAUGACUGGGUUCCCAUAAUAUCUUAACCCUUGGUUUACAAAACAUAUUGACUGGAUUCAUAUGAUUGGACAAAUAAGCAAACCAAAUGUGGCACAGUGCAAUAGUUUUUAAACAUUUUGGUCUCGGGACCACUUUAUUUUGUUGAAAAUCAUUGAAAACUCCAAAGAACUUUGGUUUAUAUAGAUUAUAUCUAUCAAUAUAUACUGUGUUAGAAAUUAAAACUGAGAAAUUUUAAAGAUA